ACCAAUCAUUCACUAAGAUCUGACUAACAAGCCAAACCUUUAGGCAUCAUAUCAAAGCCUGAUCGGACUUUCUUGUUAAUUUUAAGGGGGGAUGUAUGUAUUCAACCUUAUGGAUCGAUAUAUGGCUGGUACUGCAUUACUCAUUGGAAGCUUAUUUCAAGUGAUUGCCAUAGCAUGGUUUUAUGGUAUGAAUAAACUUUGUCAAGAUAUUAUAUCAAUGAAUCUUCCCACACCCAAUAUAUAUUGGCGACUGUGCUGGAAACUGUUAACACCCAUCACUUUGACUGUUAUGAUAAUCAGUUCACUGAUAGAUCCUACACCAUUACAAUAUAAUUAUGGAGCAAAACAUCCAGAAUUAUCAACUAAUUAUUCAGAAAGAGUAAAUAUCACUCUGCACGGAACUUCACAAUUUUAUGUUUAUCCAAAAUGGUCAAUUUAUUUAGGUUGGACCAUGAGUGGAAUAUCAAUUAGCAUGAUUCCAUUGGUAUUUUUAAUUGUUUUAGUUAAAAAUGGUUUUAGAAUGAAGAUUGGUGAAGUUUUCUCAAUGGGACCACUUGAUGUAUGGCCAGUCAAGAAGCGACAUCAAAUAUGUAAUCGAUAUUUCAACCGGAGUGAAGGAAACCAUGAAAAGAAAUAUACUAGCAAAAUAAAUGAUGAUACAAAUAUACAAAGUAAUCAUUAUGAAUCUACAAGAUAGGCAAAUUAAGACCUAGAGUUUAUCAAUUCAUACAUAAGAAACAUUUACAAUCACAAUUACAAAAUAAUUAAAACGACAACUACUUAAUUGCCAUUUCAAAUAUAUUUAUCAUAUUGAUUUAUGCACAGGUCGCUUACAA